GACACGUUCAGUUGGGAUAACAAGCUGCCAGGAACUAGGGUGCUAUUAUCACGAUAUUCAUUGGUAGCAGAUGGGGGUGAUAAAUCUGCUGCCAGAUUCGGUGAGGAAGCAAAGAGGUAUAUAUGCAGCGUGUUACCCAACUUGCAAUAUACACCAGGUGGACUUAUGUACAAGAUGAAUGCCACCAAUUUACAAUAAAUUACAUACUUGGUGGCAACCCAAAAGGAAUGUCAUGCAUGGUCGGGUAUGGGGAGAAAUAUCCUCAGAGGAUCCACCGUAGAGGUUCUUCCUUGCCUAGUCUUCAACAGAAAUCUGAGCCUUUUGGUUGUGGCGAUGCUUUCCAGUCCUACUACUACACUUCUGAACCAAAUCCUAACAUCUUAAUUGGAGCAGUUGUUGGGGGGCCCAACCAUGAUGACGAGUUCUACGAUGAUCAAGAUAACUAUGCCCAAUCAGAGCCUGCAACAUACAUCAAUGCACCUCUAGUUGGAAGCUUAGCAUACUUGGCUGCAAGCUUCGGAUCCUAGACCUGUGCAACUUUAUGGUUUCUAUAAUAUUGCUACACUGAUGAAAUCUAGGUCUUUGAUUCAAUUUACCUAUGCUUCUAUUUUUUCUCUA